CGCGCGCGUCGGUCAUGGUGAAAGUGGGCAUCAACGGCUUCGGCCGCAUCGGCCGCCUCGCGUUCCGCCUCGCGUACGACAACCCCGCGCUGGAGUUCGUCCACAUCAACGAGCACCCGGGCGCGGGAGAGAGCAGCGCGUAUCUGGCCAAAUACGAUUCGGUCCACGGGCACUGGACGCACGACUGCGAGUACGACGCGGGCAAGAACGCCAUCGUCGUGGACGGGACGCACGAGAUCUCGUACUCCGCGCACGACGCGCCGGGGGACGUGCCGUGGGAGGCGCACGGCGUCGAGCUCGUGCUGGAGUGCUCGGGGGAGUUUCUGACGCGCGAGAAGCUGGCGCCGUAUUUCGCGCGAGGCGUCAAAAAAGUGCUCGUCUCCGCGCCCGUGAAGGACGCGUCCGACCCGGUGCUCAACAUCGUGUACGGCGUCAACCACGACAAGUACGACCCCGCGGUCGAUCACAUCGUGACCGCGGCGUCGUGCACGACCAACUGCCUCGCGCCCGUCGUGAACGUGAUUCAGAGCAAGCUGGGGAUCGUCCGAGGAAGCAUCACGACGAUUCACAACGUCACCAACACGCAGACCAUCGUGGACGCCCCCAACGCGAAGAAGAGCGACCUGCGCAGGGCGCGGUCGGGUCUCAUGAUCCUCGCGCCGACGUCCACGGGGAGCGCGACCGCGAUCGCGCUCAUCUUCCCGGAGCUCAAAGGGAAGCUCAACGGCCUCGCCGUGCGCGUGCCUCUGUUGAACGGGUCGCUCACGGAUUGCGUCUUCGAGGUAGGACGCGCCACGACGCGCGAGGAAGUCAACGCGCUCAUCAAGGACGCCGCCGCGAACGAGAUGUGCGGCGUGCUCGGGUACGAAGAGAAGCCGCUGGUGAGCACGGACUAUAUUAACGACACGCGGAGCGGGAUCGUGGACGCGUUGUCCACGAUGGUCGUCGACGGGACGCACCUCAAGGCGCGUUCGAGUGUCUUCACGCCGGUCCCCGUACGACCGCGUUCGCGUUGUGAACUUCAUUCCUUAAGGACUUUCUCUCCCGGCGUAUGUUUCUCUCCGCCCAGGGUCCUUCGGUUUCAAUCCCGACGCACACACCUCGACGCCUUUCAACUCCGCCCCUGACGCCUUUCAACUCCACUGUACAGCUGUACGUGUGGUACGAUAACGAGUACGGGUACAGUGCGCGAAUGGCGGACAUCGCGAACAUGCUCGUGGAGAAAGGCAUGUAGAAAUACUCUUUGAAAUUUUGAAAGCAACUCACAGUCAACG